AUGACAUCAUCCCACAGUACCCUGUUGCGCACCCUCUAUGAUGCCACCACUCAUACCUUGCGCAAUGCCGACGAGGUUGCGGCACUAGUCGAGGCCGCGGUGCAGCUCUCCUCCUUACGCUAUCGACCCCUCGCAUCGUCGUGGGAUCUGCCGAAACUGCUCUCGUCCGCGUUACGCACGCAGCUGAACGCGCGCCUGCGCUCGCCUGCGGCAGUGGCGAGCAGCGUCAGUCCAGUCUCUCUGUGUCGCGUGCUGGCAGCGGCGUGGCGGCUGUGUCCGCUGGUGUCGCUGCCGUUGCCUCAUGCAGCCGCAGACGGUUGCACCUCACUGACCAGCGUCGCUUUGCUUCUGUCACUCACCGAUGAAGCCGUCGAGCGGGUGGGACGGGAGAUGGCGUCGCUGGAGAACGCUCCGUGUUCUUCGGAUGCAGCGGAGCCGCCUGCUCGUGGCACAGCAACCGCUGUUGUGACGUCGCUACUGCUCUACUGGCACAUGCUCUGCGGCGAGGCGCAGGAGGCCACUGCAGAGAGCGAGGAAACGUUUCGGCGGGUGUCGGCGACGGUGUGGCGGUGUCUGCAGCGCUGGACCGCGGCUGACGGCUGUGACGAGGUGCGCCGUACCCUCCUCAAAACAUGGAUGAGUACAGUGCUGCGGCGUGCGCUAUUGGGUACGAGUGGCCUGUGCGUGAUGAGUGCCGUGACGCUGCUGGACGCCGUCGUGCAGCGGAGCAUGGACACGACGACGUCCAUGACUUUUGCCUCGUGCGGGCCGUCGAACAGUGGACUCAGCGAGCUGUGGGCAAGGCUGCACCUGCGCGUCUGUCAACACGUCAUGGAGGACAUGCGAGCGCGCCAAGCCGCCUUCAGCGCCGAGUGGAGUCACUCCGUCGCACCGGUGCUCACUCGCGCUUUCGCGCAGGAGCCACCCUUGCUAUCCCCCUCCUUCACCAACGUGAUGCAGUUCGCCGAACCGCUCAGCACUUCGCUGGGUGAGCUGAUGCGUGUGGUCCACCGUCUGCGGCGAUGCGCCCUCGGCAGCAGUACUGCGUCGCAGGCGGACGAUUUCGCCUCGUGUGUGAGUGCAGAUACCCUGGCGCCGCUCUUGUGUUUGGCGCGUCUCUCUCCGAGACUGGCAGAAGCGGGUGUACCGAUCGUGCCCUUCGCGACUGCCAACGCGUAUCGCACAUACGUGGCGCCGUUAAUCGCGGUGUCGCUUCGCUGGGGCCUCGUUUCAGAGGCGUGUGCACUGCUGGAUUGGUUCGCCAACGCGCUGGACGAUCGUGAGACACAGUGGCACCGGCGCCUGCAUCGAAUCUUGGACGGUCUUACACCAGUCGCGUCCUCUGCAGCCCCAGCGGACACCUUGACAAGGCUGCGCGGACGAGAGGGCGGUCUGCCGUACUUCGAGUGGCUUGAAGAACUUCAGUGCACCUCCUUAACGGCUCUGGACGUGCUGGCCACUUGCAAUGAUGUCAGGCAGCUGCGGCCGGUAUGUGACGCCCUUCUGCGCCACCGCCCCGCGGAGUGGGCCACGGAGGUACUCCAGGAUUCGUUUGCCCCAUUCUUUAUUCUUAGCGGGCUCACGCGCCUGAUUGAGGCACUGCUGCAGGCUCGCGAUGCUCCGCUGGCACGCUUCUACGUGACCCUGCUGGGGCGCCUCCUCCCGCGUUGCCCCUGCCCGACACAGCUCGAAGUAUUGCUGCGCGUUGUGUACCGCCUGGCCACCGUGCUCACCACCACCCACCUCUCCACUGCAGACUACGCGGCUCCAGACAGCCUCUACGGAGCGGCCUUGGCAAGGUGGCAACGUCUGAAGACCGUCCUAGAGCACGUGGACGCAGAGCUUUCCGACGCGGGCGACCCGGACGGUUCAAGGCAUGUUGGCUGGCCACGGCAGAGCACCGCAGGUCUUGCGUGGCGCGCUCGGAGGCAUCUUCAAAGUUUCUGCGCGCACCGCAGAGCAGAGAACGUUUGUACCGCCGCUUCUGAUCAAAGCACGGCCAACUCCCCUGCUGUCGCCCUAGGCACCGUUGUGGUGCUCUGCUACACCCCCGCUGGCUCGCAGAGUGAAGGAGAGGGGCUGCUCUGGCUCCGGCGCACUCGGAUCAGGGCCACGUGUCUCUCAGGAGAACAGCGGGCGCAGGACCAGCAGCUGCUCAGCCUAACGGUGCGCUGCCCUGUGGGGGGAGCGUUGCGGUCAUGUGCAGUUGAGAUGGCAGACGUGAUGAGCCGAAACCGAGCACAACUGAUGCGGGGCACCGCAAGCGCAGUCGGGGAGACGGGUCGGUGCCUUGACAGCCAAGGCCCGCGUGAGUUCACUGAAAGCACAAGCUGCGCGUGCCAGCAAGCAGGCGACUCUGCCGCGGUGCCGACCGAAGCGGAUGCUGAGCGACAGCGACGGUGCAAGGAGGCGUGGUGGUGUGAACGGUUUGAACUUGACGAUCGUAUUGGCCGGGUCGCUGCGUCGAUGCAAGACGCCCUCGGCGCGGCGCAUAUGUUGCUGCUCGGUUACCCCAGUCCCUCCCUCGGUGGCCAGUUGCAAACACUGGCAGCGCGCUUUGCUUGCGAGUGUGUGCACCUCCGCGGUGUCGGUCGCUGCCCUCCUAUGGACGCCUUGCAGCACGUCACUCUGCAGGUUCUUGCGGCGGCUCCGUACCUCUGGAAAGAUAAGACACCGCCUCGCGGGCAGACCACGUGCUGGUACGGACCACGCAACGCACACAGUUGCGCGUGCUGUAUGCAGACAGUAAAGCGCGCGCAAAGGAUGCUGCUUGAGGCGGUCACGGCUCUGGGACAGCUGGUCGCUGCCGCCACAGCAGCCGCGGCUGAGUCAUCUUUGUCGUGUGCACUCGCUAGCGACCCUGCGAACGUGGAGGAAUGCUGGCUGGGGCUGUUGUCAGAUAAGUCGGUGCAGGGUGUUGUAGAAGAGAUGGUGCCGGCUGUGCUGAACGCGUACUACCGCGAGCUCGCGCCAGACGCCGCCACGAAGGUGCCGGGUGAUGAUGAGGAGCGCCACCACCACCAUGCCGACUUGCUCCUUGUCUCGCGCGAGCACGUGUACCUGGUGCUUGACGGAGAGCUGCACGCGCUGCCUUGGGAAGCUCUGGAUGCGUGCCAAGAGCGCAGCGUCUCUCGCGUGCCGUCGCUCGAAUACCUGAAGUACUGCAACACCGAUGCGCCGGCCGUAUCCCUGCAGCGCUUGUUUGUCUAUCGCGAUGACGCGGCGCUGCAGCACGGCCCCUCCAGCCUUACGGAUCUCACCGCGCAGCAUCCACAUUGGGAGGUGGCCUACGGCGAAACGUCGCAGGCGGCAGCUGCGGCGGCACGAGAUGGCAGCAGCGUCGUCACGUCGCCACUGAUGCGCCGCCUCCUCUCCCAAUGCGAGGCGGCGAGCGAUCACAUAGACGCGUUUGUGUACGCUGGUCACAAGGGCGGGGAGCACCUGGUCCCUCGCGGAGCACUGUACGACUGGAUUCCCGCUGCAGCCGGCACACCUCCGACGCUGGUGCUGCUGAUGGGCUGCAGCUCUGCCCGCAUGCAGGCCAGCGCGCUCUACGACUGCUUUGGCCUGCCCAUCGCAUACCUUAGCGCAGGCGUAUCGUGCGUUCUCGGCUGCCUGUGGGACGUCACGGACGCUGACAUUGACCGCCUCACGAGUCGCUUUCUCCAAGUGGCCAGUCAGAGGACGGCGGACAGCGAAGGCAUAACCGUCGGGGAGUGCCUCGCAGUGGCACGCCGGGCCUGCAAGCUGCAUUACCUUACUGGCAUGGCCACCGUCUUCUAUGGCGUGAACUGUUACGUGGCGGCCGCGAGGGAGGACGACAGCAGAGGUACUGCCUGA